UUAGGGCGAACUGAUUUCUACUUUCAUCAGUUUUACCUCCUCUGAGUGAAAGCUUCUUUGGAAUUUAUUUAUAGAUCUGACACAUGUUUUAUCAAGAUUGGAUUAAAGUGUUUACUGUAAGGGGAACCCAUGCUGUAGUUCUUGAUUUCACUUCUCUUUCAUUCAUCCUGUCGAAGUAAGUGGUGUAUUUGGCCUAACAGCAGGAUGCCAGUCUCUAAAACCUUGAUCGAUCUUCAAAUGAAUAUCUCGUGAGAAACUCCAGGCAACGAAGACUAGGAGGAACAUUGUGUUCAGGAAAACCCCAACAAGAAAAGAUUUAAAGACUUGACAUUAAGAGAACGACUGUUAUCCACAACAACAAUGGCUGCUGCUAACAUACAGAGAAAGUCAUCACUAGUAAUGAGAGCUAGGACUUGUAGAGCUGUUUGCCCUCUGAAGUAUGGCUCCAUCGUCCUGUUCAUUUUUUUUUGUGUCUUAUUCAUGUUGCUUCAUAAAAGGAACAUCGACUGGAGGUCAUUUGACUUAACAAAGAAUAAAGUCAGUGCCACUGUUAAUCUGAAGCUUUCCACCGAGUCUCCCAAGCCAAGCAGCACCUGCUCCUUCGAUUCACUAUCACCUGAAGAGGUUCUUGUCUUACACUCCCUAAAAGAUGUUAUUUUUUGGCCUGAAACCCCAUCUUUAAAAUCCAAUUUUUCCCUAAAAGACACCAGUGAUCCUGCUCAUAGCACUUAUACCAUUCUUCCACGGAAUGGUGGGGGACGUUGGCAAGUAGGGGAUGAGCUGAGGGUUUUGAUAAGAAUCUGUGACUUUCAUGGUCGCCCCAAAAAGUCUGGAGGGGAUGUUAUAUUUGCUCGACUGCACAACCCUACUUUUUUUGCAGGGGUGGCAGGGCAUGUGGUGGAUCAUCACAAUGGUUCCUACUCUGCAGUAUUCUCUUUACUCUGGGAAGGAAAUGCACAAGUUGAGGUAACCCUAGUUCACCCCAGUGAAGCAAUCACAGUGCUACAAAAAUUAACCUUGGAGCAGCCUGAGAGAAUCUAUUUUGAAAGUCUCUUUCAGUCAGGCUCAGUCAGAGAAACUACCACUUGUAACAUAUGCCUUAAUGUAAACCAGCAGAAGCUGUGCAACUACACUGACAUUAGCACAGGUGAACCAUGGUUCUGCUACAAGCCAAAGAUAUUAGAUUGUAACACCAGGAUCACCCACUCCAAAGGAGGAUUCAGACAAAACCUAAAACCCAUGGAAGAGGAGCUCUUUCAAAGUGGCGUCAAUAUGAAAGUCUUCAUUAAGGCUUCAGGACCUGCACACAUUAUUGUUUUGCCAAAACCAAAAGUUCUGAAUGUAACGAUCCCUAUUUAUAGUUCAGUUCAAAAAAGAAGUGCUGUCAAGACCAGACCCUCUGGUUAUUACAACCAGAGUGCAUGGCGUGCACUAGAUGGCACCACAGUUCAUCAGUUUAACUCAACAGCAAUCAGCCAGUGUCUGAAAGGCAUAACCAUUCACAUCUAUGGGGACUCCACUGUUAGGCAGUGGUAUGAAUAUUUAACCAACUCCUUACCAGAUCUCAAGGAGUUUGACCUGCAAAGCUCAAGGAAAACUGGACCUUUGAUGGCUCUGGAUUAUUUGAACAAAAUUUUAGUGACAUUUCAUAGCCAUGGUCCUCCCAUCCGUUUUGGUAGCAUGCCUGUCAGCCAGCUACAUCAUAUAGCCAACGAACUGGACCGUGUGGCUGGGGACACCAGUACUGUUGUGGUUAUUGGUAUCUGGUCUCACUUCAGUACUUUCCCCAUAGAGGUAUACAUCAGACGUCUGCUGAACAUUCGGAAAGCAGUGGUCAGACUCUUGACAAGAGCUCCAGGUACACUGGUUGUCAUCAGAACUGCAAACCCCAAAGAGAUGACGCUCUAUGAGAGUUUGACCAACAGUGACUGGUUUUCACUACAGCGUGAUAAGGUACUAAGGGCGAUAUUUAAAGGAGCGAAUGUCCGACUAGUAGAUGCUUGGGAGAUGACCCUGGCCCAUCACCUUCCACACAAACUCCAUCCAGAGCCUGACAUAAUUAAGAAUAUGAUUGAUGUUGUUUUAUCCUACAUAUGUCCUCUAUCUAAGAUUUUAAAAGAUCCCACAGAAAGUUAGAAGUGGAUUUUAGGCAACAGAAAUUAGCAUUAGGACAAUGGGCAACGACUGGUAAAUGGUUGUGCUAGGUUUGGGUCGAAUAGGUUUGCAGUCACUAUAAUACAGCAGCAGUUAAAGUAAUCUCAACUUGAACUGUCCAUUUUUUUUUUUUUACUGAGAAUUUCUUCCCUAUUGAGUGUUUUAAAGGUAUGUAAAGUUAUAUUUUUUUAGUUCAGUUACCUGUAGCAAAGAGUUGUUUUUUUUAUCAAUGAUUUUAUAGAAAUCAUUAUAGUCAGAUGAGUGGCCCUAUUUUGGCUCAUUUAAGUCAAACUGGUCUCACUCCAUUUGAAAUAGUACAUGGCAGACCUUUUCCAUUGCCAUCAGAAAUGGAUGACAUAGGAAAAGCACAGCAGGAAACAUCAUUAGCUGAAUGGAUGAAUAAGAUGUUAC